AAUUGCCUCUUUGUAUAUGUUAUUCAAUGUAACCUGUACAAAUGGACAUUGCCUUAGCCCACAAAACAGCAUAACCAUAUAGUAAGUUAUGCAGGAACAUGUCAAAGAAAGCGGUUCUUCGUAAAUGCUCUCAGGUUUGGGUGGUGAUUAAUGGCAAAUAUCUGUCCACUAGCAAUGAUCAUCUGGAGCAUACUGGAGGCACUGGAUAUGGAGGGAGCUCUGAGUUUUUGCCAUCUAUGCAUGAGCUGAGCGACGAAUCUGAUGGCUAUGCAACACCACCAAGUGAUUUUUAUGUAUCAUUUCAGGAAGACGAUGUCAUGGAUGAGUAUGGGGUGAUUCCAAUGGAUGGUGAUGGACAACUGGAAAAGGUGUUACUUAUGACUUCUGAAAGUGCAGCUUGUGUUAAUAAAAUAAACUGA